UUGUGCUGUUUAAAUAUGGUAUUUUCAUCUAGUAUUUCUAUAAAUAAUUGUUACUGGGUCCAAUUAUAGAAGGAUGUGUUACAAUUACUGGACCUGGCAGGCUUCAUGGAUCAAAAGGAACAGCGUCAAUUUACGCCAUAAGCUGGCUGAACUCCUUUGCAGAAAAGAAUGCUGAUAAAAUGCCAGACUCCACACGAUUGCACUUGCCAUGCUGCCUCACGAAAACAACAAUAUACGAAAUGUAUUGUGAUGAUGCAAAAGCUCAACUCCAGACCUGUGUCAGCUUUCAACAUAUGUUAAAGAUUUGGAGAAAUGAACUGCAACAUAUCAAAAUCCCAAAGAAGACACGAUUCACAGUAUGCGACACGUGCUGCAAAAUCAAAGAAGCAAGGUCAAAAUGUACAGACAAAGAAUCCCGUGCAAAAUGUGACGAGAGACGAGAUGAACAUCUUAAACAACAAAAUGCAGAAAGACAGAAGUACUACAAACACAUUUCUAAAGCAAAACAACAGCCAAAAAAGUACCUGAGCAUAAUCAUGGACGCCAUGGACCAGGACAAAACAGCACUGCCAAGACUAGCAACGACUCCAAAAACACUUGGUAAUUUGUGGAGGGUUAAAGUUGGCCUUAUGGCAGCAUUGGUCCAUGGCGUCGGCAUUUAUGGUUUCUUCGAUGCUUACCAGUGGGGGCACGGUUCAUCCUAUACUAUCUCGGCCCUGGUCCAUGUGCUGCUGAUGCUAGACUCCCUUCCAGAUGUUCUGUAUCUCCAACUGGACAACUGUCCUGGACAAAACAAAAACAGAACUGUCCAGUAUGGUUAUCAAGAGCAAGACGUCCUCAUCAAUAUCAUCACUGAUAACAUUAUGAAUCAUGUUCCAGAAAAUCCAACAUUUACGGAAGCGAAGACUACCUCCAUAAAAGAUGAUCCAAAAUCAGAAGGGCCAGUGGAGUAUCCUUAG